GUCUUCUUUGAUGUGAAGAUUGGAGACAAAGAUGUGGGCAGAAUUGUGAUUGGCCUCUUUGGAAAAGUUGUACCCAAGACUGUGGAAAAUUUUGUUGCUCUGGCAACAGGAGAGAAAGGCUAUGGAUACAAAGGAAGCAGCUUUCAUCGAGUCAUCAAGGACUUCAUGAUCCAAGGCGGGGACUUCACUGCAGGAGACGGCACCGGUGGUGUGAGCAUUUACGGCGAGACCUUUCCCGAUGAGAACUUCAAGCUGAAGCACUAUGGCAUUGGCUGGGUCAGUAUGGCCAAUGCUGGGCCAGACACCAACGGCUCCCAGUUCUUCAUUACCUUGACCAAGCCUGCCUGGUUGGAUGGCAAACAUGUGGUGUUUGGAAAAGUCCUCGACGGGAUGACAGUGGUACACACCAUAGAGCUCCAAGCAACUGAUGGGCAUGACCGGCCGCUUAGCAACUGCUCCAUCCUCAACAGUGGCAAGAUAGAUGUGAAAACGCCCUUUGUGGUUGAGGUUGCUGACUGGUGACACAACUAGCAGAAAACCGUGUUUCGCCUGGCAGGGUUUUGUUUGUAUGUGCGCACGUAGGCACAUGUGCCUGCAGGAGUAUGCCUGUCUGUUGUCCUUUAAAUCUUAGAUUACUGUUUUUUUCCUUUCUUUUUUUUUAAGUUUCCCACUCUAGUUCACAAGAGAUUUAAAAAUCAACCACUCAAAAUUUAGUUUGCAUGAAUUUUGGUAAAUCACUUGUUUAGGGAUUUUAAACUGAAAAAAGACAUACCUUUCUAUCAUUGGUGCUAUUUUUAAAUUAGAAAAUUUUUAUAGUACUUAUUUUUAAGAACAUAGUCAUUUGUUUAUUUUGCUGUUUGUUAUUAUUCCAUGUUGAGUGAUGCUAAAGAUUUUUUUGAAAAAAGAUUAGGAUGUGAAGUUUUCAAAGAAUUUUGUUCAGGUAAAGGGAGAUUGGAUUUAUUUACUCUGAUGUAUGUCAUAGAUAUUUUUCUUGACAGAGGUGCUUUUUAUGUGGAUUGACUUUUUGCAAGACUUUUGUACAUUUAAAGUUCUUAGAAAAUAUACAAAAUUAAAUAUACUCUAAUGAUAAACAGA